AUGGGAGGUCGGUUCCUGCUGACACUCGCCGUCCUCUCGGUGCUGCUGAGCCGCUGCCAGGUCGGCUCCUCCGGGGUCUUCGAGCUGAAGCUGCAGGAGUUUGUCAAUAAGAAGGGGCUGCUCAGCAACCGCAAUUGCUGCCGCGGGGGCGGCCCCGGCGCCGGCGGGCUCCAGCAGUGCGACUGCAAGACCUUCUUCCGCGUCUGCCUCAAGCACUACCAGGCCAGCGUGUCCCCCGAGCCGCCCUGCACCUACGGCAGCGCCAUCACCCCCGUGCUCGGCGCCAACUCCUUCAGCGUCCCCGACGGCGCGGGCGGUGCCGACCCCGCCUUCAGCAAUCCCAUCCGCUUCCCCUUCGGCUUCACCUGGCCCGGCACCUUCUCACUCAUCAUUGAGGCUCUGCAUACGGACUCACCUGAUGACCUCACCACUGAAAACCCUGAGCGCCUCAUCAGCCGCCUGGCCACCCAGAGACACUUGGCAGUGGGUGAAGAGUGGUCCCAGGACCUGCACAGCAGCGGCCGCACCGACCUCAAGUACUCCUAUCGCUUCGUGUGCGACGAGCACUACUACGGAGAAGGCUGCUCCGUCUUCUGCCGGCCCCGGGAUGAUGCCUUUGGUCACUUCACCUGUGGAGAGCGUGGCGAGAAAGUCUGCAACCCGGGCUGGAAAGGCCAGUACUGCACUGAGCCGAUUUGUUUGCCUGGAUGUGACGAGCAGCACGGCUUUUGCGACAAGCCGGGGGAAUGCAAGUGCAGAGUGGGCUGGCAGGGGCGAUACUGUGAUGAGUGCAUCCGAUACCCAGGCUGCCUUCAUGGUACCUGUCAGCAGCCGUGGCAGUGCAACUGCCAGGAAGGCUGGGGUGGCCUCUUCUGCAACCAGGACCUGAACUACUGCACUCACCACAAGCCCUGCAAGAAUGGUGCCACGUGCACCAACACUGGUCAGGGGAGCUACACUUGUUCAUGCCGACCUGGGUACACAGGCUCCAACUGCGAGAUUGAAAUCAAUGAAUGUGACGCCAACCCUUGCAAGAAUGGUGGAAGCUGCACCGAUCUGGAGAACAGCUACUCCUGUACCUGCCCCCCAGGCUUCUAUGGGAAGAACUGUGAGCUGAGCGCCAUGACUUGUGCGGACGGGCCGUGCUUCAACGGCGGCCGCUGCACCGACAACCCUGACGGGGGCUACAGCUGCCGCUGCCCACUGGGUUAUUCUGGCUUCAACUGUGAAAAGAAAAUCGACUACUGCAGUUCCAGCCCUUGUGCUAAUGGAGCCCAGUGUGUGGAUCUGGGCAACUCCUAUAUCUGCCAGUGCCAGGCUGGCUUCACUGGGAGGCACUGCGAUGACAACGUGGACGACUGUGCCUCCUUCCCCUGCGUCAACGGAGGGACCUGCCAGGAUGGCAUCAAUGACUACUCCUGCACCUGCCCCCCAGGAUACAACGGGAAGAACUGCAGCACCCCGGUGAGCAGAUGCGAACACAACCCUUGCCACAAUGGGGCCACCUGCCACGAGAGGAACAACCGCUACGUGUGUGAGUGUGCCCGGGGCUACGGCGGCCUCAACUGCCAGUUCCUGCUCCCGGAGCCGCCGCAGGGCCCCGUCAUCGUGGACUUCACUGAAAAGUACACGGAAGGCCAGAACUCCCAGUUCCCCUGGAUCGCUGUCUGCGCUGGGAUUAUUCUGGUCCUCAUGCUGCUGCUGGGGUGUGCUGCCGUGGUGGUGUGCGUCAGGCUCCGAGUGCAGAAGAGGCACCACCAGCCUGAUGCCUGCAGGAGUGAGACCGAGACUAUGAACAACCUGGCAAACUGCCAGCGCGAGAAGGACAUUUCCAUAAGUGUCAUUGGUGCCACUCAGAUUAAAAACACAAAUAAGAAAGUAGACUUUCACAGCGAUAACUCUGAUAAAAAUGGCUACAAAGUCAGAUACCCAUCAGUGGAUUACAAUUUGGUGCAUGAACUCAAGAAUGAGGACUCAGUUAAGGAGGAGCACAGCAAAUGCGAAGCCAAGUGUGAAACGUAUGAUUCAGAGGCAGAGGAGAAAAGUGCAGUACAACUAAAGAGUGAUACUUCUGAAAGAAAGCGACCAGAUUCAGUAUAUUCCACUUCAAAGGACACAAAGUACCAGUCGGUGUAUGUCAUAUCAGAAGAGAAAGAUGAGUGCAUCAUAGCAACUGAGGUGUAAACCAGAGGUCAUAUGGCAAGGUGGUUGCUCAGAACAAUUUCAGAGGAGACGUGCCCCAAUGAAUGCUGCUGAAAGAGGAAUGGGAGAUAGAUUCCUUCACUGACUGCUGCUGAGAAACUAAAUUCAGGCUUGAGCUGGUUCUCUACUGAAGUUAGCAAAGUGACUGCAAAAUAAAGAAACAAGAUGGACACCAGGCUAGGGUCUGUGUUCAAGGAUUACUGUUGCACUGCCUUUUAUGAAUUUUAUCAUUGCACUAUGGUCAGUUGCUUUUCUAUAUAUAUUUAAAUGAAUGGACUUAAUUACUACAUAAGAAGCAUGCACUGCCUGAAGUGUAUAUUUUGGAUUAUUAUGAGCCAGUCUUUUCUUGAAUUAGAGACACAAACACUGCCUUUAUUGUCUUUUUUGAUACUAAAAUGUGUUUUUACUAGGUGAGAAAAAGUGUGUUAUUUUUUUGAAUCUGUAAAAAUAUUUUCAUGAUAAUUGUAAAGCUUGAGUAUUUUGUGAUGUUCAUUUUUUUAUAAUUUAAAUUUUUUGGUAAAUAUGUACAAAGGCAC